GGGGAGCCCACUGGAUCAAUUUGCCAUUCACCCCUACAUUCCUCUUCAUAUGGGCCAGUUUUAUUUAUCAUUCACAAAUCUAUCCUUGUCUAUGCUGCUGACUGUCGGUUUGGUCCUACUUCUGUUUUUUGUUGUUACGAAAAAGGGAGGUGGAAAGUCAGUGCCAAAUGCAUUACAAUCCUUGGUCGAGCUAAUUUAUGAUUUCGUGCUGAACCUGGUAAACGAACAAAUAGGUGGUCUUUCCGGAAAUGUGAAACAAAAGUUUUUCCCUCGCAUCUCGGUCACUUUUACUUUUUCGUUAUUUCGUAACCCCCAGGGUAUGAUACCCUUUAGCUUCACAGUGACAAGUCAUUUUCUCAUUACUUUGGCUCUUUCAUUUUCCAUUUUUAUAGGCAUUACGAUCGUUGGAUUUCAAAGACAUGGGCUUCAUUUUUUUAGCUUCUUAUUACCUGCGGGAGUCCCACUUCCGUUAGCACCCUUCUUAGUACUCCUUGAGCUAAUCUCUUAUUGUUUUCGUGCAUUAAGCUUAGGAAUACGUUUAUUUGCUAAUAUGAUGGCCGGUCAUAGUUUAGUAAAGAUUUUAAGUGGGUUUGCUUGGACUAUGCUAUUUCUGAAUAAUAUUUUCUAUUUCAUAGGAGAUCUUGGUCCCUUAUUUAUAGUUCUAGCAUUAACCGGUCUGGAAUUAGGUGUAGCUAUAUCACAAGCUCAUGUUUCUACGAUCUCAAUUUGCAUUUACUUGAAUGAUGCUAUAAAUCUCCAUUAAAAUGAGUCAUUUCAUAAUUGAAU